CAUAACAGCAGAGUGCAAAAUUACUGAUGUUUUUUCAUCUGGAGAUAGAGAGGAAAUCCACGAUGUUAGGAGGCCACGUCUUUCCAUUUGCAUGCUAUGGAUGAUCGGGGAGGGGGCAGCUUUGGUAGUGCUGCUGGUCAGGCAGUUUGUGCCCUCUCCAGGUAAGGAAAGCAGAUUUCUUUCUCAGGGGUGUUCCACACGGGGCUGACAGACCUGCUGCAAAACGCACUGUGCUAAAACAGAGGUUCUGUGCUUUAGAUUGUGCUUUUUGUUUUCCACAAUCCCUUUCAGUACAUACUUAAACUCUUUCUUCAGAGACCAUGGAUCUCUAAAGUCCUCCCACUGGAAGCACAGGAUGUCAUACACAUAGAUGAGGAUGGCAAUAUCCAGCGUCCUGCAGAAGAAUACUGUGCAGUGCCUGCUUCCCUGCUUCCAGAAAGUACUAAAGGUUUCAAAUCCUGCAAGCUGUGGCAAAGAUCAGCCUCCUUUGGCUGUCUUGUGCACACACUGAGCCCCUCAUUGAAGGUGGCACUCUGCGUUUGCUGUCAGCAAAGAUAGGCAGCUGACUGCAUGACUCCCCAAGACACCUAUCUUGAGACUACAUACAUGACUCCUGGAGGUGUUUAUCAACCUCGAUUAAUUCAAAUGGAAAAUUUCGGGGUUGUUUUAAAUGAGAUAUUUGUAUUUCUAAUAGAGAAUGCUAGGUGUAAUGGCCCCAGCAGAAAUCCCAACCAAGCAUUGCUGGUGUUUGUGCCUGCUACAGAAUAAUGCAGCGAGAUUGCGUCCUCUACCCAGGCCAUCAGCUGGGUGAAGAAUCCUUCUGCAGCAUGCAUUUAUCUCACCUCUGUUCUCCACACAGUACUGAAGGCAAUGUGUCUGGAGUGGUAAGAUGAAACGAAAAUGAUUUUGUUCAUCAAUCACACUUUGCCUGUGUAGGUAGUGUGCAAGGUGGCAUUUUACAAAGAGGGAAGAGGCCGUUUGUGACAGUCCAAUGAUUCACUUUUUCCCGAACCUCGCCACUUUGACUUGUUCCUCUCUUGCUGCUGUCUUUCAAUGCACUUCUCUACCUUCCUGUGUCUGAUUUAAGAGCUGGUGGAGAUAAAGAAAAAAAGCAGCAAUAUUUGGGUUGGGGGUUGGUUGGUUUGGUUUGUCGGUUUUGGUGCUUUUGGUGUUUUGCAAGAUUUUCAUUCAGAUCCCAGUAUCAUGGGGGAAGGAGUAGGGUGAAAAGCCCCAAGGAAUGGGGUGAAAUAAAUUGUUAAGCCAUAAUCUCAAUUUGAGCUGGCACAGAAAACCAACGACCUCCUGGGAUGCAUCAAAAUCAGCAUGCCCUGCAGGGGGAGGGAUUCUCCCUCUCUGACCUCUCUGACAGCGCUGCCAGGGCACUGUGUUCAGCACUGGGCCCUCAGCUGGACCAAGGUCUUGGGCCAAGUCCAGAGGAGGGCCACGAGGAUGCUCAGAGUGCUGGAGCACCUAUCCUAUGGAGACAGGCUGAGGAAGAGCAAGGCUUGUUCAACCUGAAGAGAAGACUCCGGGGAGACCUUGCUGCUGUCUUCCAGUACUUCUUAUAAGUAGCUUAUAAGCAGGAGAAGGACUGACUUUUCACAUGGGCAGAUAGUGAUAGGACAAAGGGGAAUUGCUCUAAACUAAAAGAUAGGAAAUUUAUGUUAGAUGUGAGAAAUCCUUAGCACAGAGGGUGGUGAGGCCCUGGCACAGAAUGCACAGAGAGACUGUGGAUGCCCCAUCCCUGGAGGUGCCCAAGGCCAGGCUAGAUGGUGCCCUGCACAGCCUAAGCUGGUGGAGUGCAGCCAGCCCAUGGGCAGGGGUUGUGGCUGGGGGGGCUUUGAGGUCCCUUCCAACCCAACCAUUCUGUGGUUCUGUGAUUCUACGAAUUCCUGUGAGUGUCACAGUGUCCUGUGAGGGUCAGGUGCUUUGUCCCAUGUGUGGUUCUUACCAUUUCUCUAAGAAAAUUAAAGGCUGACUCUGUCAGGCCGAACUGCUGAUUGUUGAUACCCACAGCCCAAGGGGUCAACCCUGUUACAAUGAACUACACCUUGUUAAAAUCAGAAUCAGUCAUCUACAAUAUAGUAGUCUCUACCAUGUUUUUUGUGCAUUAUGCAUAGGGCAAACCUCAAUGAGCUGUAACACUGCUUAAAGUUGUAUGUAGACUGCCUGCAACUUUUACACACUUCUGACAAAACUUAUCUCACCUAAUCCUACCAGCAUGAUGCUAAGACACGUGUGCCAUAUUUGUGAACACUGGGUUCUUCUUUUACUCAGGCAACAAAAAGAGGUACUUUUCAGGCACGAUUAACCUGAGAUGCUCCUGCUCUUUUUAAAAAAGCAUGUUUUCCACUGUAAAAAGGCCUCAGAAGUGAAUUAAAACAAAGGAGUGACAAACGUGGUUUAAAUUUUCCUACGUGCUGUAUAGAAUUUGGCCUGAAAUACAACAUUUUGAGAAGUAAAACUCUGCCCUCUCUCCCUCUGCCAUCUAGCUCUGGCUACAGAGAACUGGGAUGAAUCCAGAAACACCAUCGGGUUAUCAUGAGGGAAACUCACCAGUUACCACCUCUUUCUCUCUGCCCGCAGGUGUGUGCAAAUUCACCCAACAUGAGUACUUCGACUCCACCAUUCUUCCUCCCAGACACAGACAACCAGGUCCAAGGAGCUAAUCACAGCAGCGCUGCAGGAAAGCCAGAGCCAUCAUAUGCCGUUCUCAAGUUCAUGGAGAGCUUCUGCCUCAUCAGUGCCACCUGUGGGAUGGUGGGAAAUGGCGUGGUUCUAUGGUACCUUGGCUUCUGCAUCCGCAGAAACCACUUCACUGUCUACAUCCUAAACCUGGCUGCUGCUGACUUUGGCUAUCUCCUCUGCAUCGCCAUCGAGAGCAUCCAGUAUCUGAUGCAGUUCAACGUAGGAGUGCAGUUUGGGAUAUUCCUCUUCCUGGAUCUUUUCAUGUACGGGACCGGCUUGUAUCUCCUGACAGCCAUCAGCAUCGAAAGGUGCCUCUCCGUCCUCUGCCCAAUCUGGUGCCGAAGCCACCGCCCAAAGCACUUGUCUGCCAUCAUCUCCGGCUCGCUCUGGGGCCUUUCUCUGCUACUGAACACGGCUGGCUAUAUUCUGUGCUCCAUCCGCCCCUCCGGCAGCUGCUGGAUGCUGCUCAUUGCCAUUGGCGUCUUGGAUUUCCUGGUCUGCACACCCCUCAUGGUGUUCUUCAGCCUGACCCUCUUCCUCAGAGUCAAGUGCAGCUCCCAGAACUUCCGAACAGGACGGCUCUUCACCGUCAUCAUGCUCACCGUGCUCUUCUUCCUCAUUUUUGCCGUGCCUCUCAGCGUCCUCAUCCUCUUUGACUUCUUGGGCUACAAAUUCCUCUAUUCCCCCGAGAUCGGCUUUGUGCUGUCCUGUGUGAACAGCACUCUCAACCCUGUCAUUUACUUCCUUGUGGGGAGCUACAGGGACCGGAGGAUCAAGUUCACCCUCAGGCUGGCGUUCCAAAGGGCCUUUGAAGAUUCGGCAGAUGACAAAGAGGAACGGGAUACCCGAGACACAAUAACUAUGUCCUCCUAACACCCUUCUGUGCCCACUCAGCAGCAGUGCUCUGGAGAUGAGAGGUGAUUGCUCACAGGGCUGAAGAACUCUGAGGUACUGCUGGAGGUCCGUCCCACCCAACCUUAGCAGUCUCCAUUCUGAACACCUGCCCUCUCACCAGUUACUUGAGGCUCUGCCCACAUUAGGACUGCAUUUCUUCUCAGCAGCUAUUAAAUGAUAAGGCGAAAUGCCUUGGUGGCUGCGUUUCAUCACAGGAAUCCUGCUCAGUUUACCACUCAAUAUUAAGUUCUGUUUCUCAGAGCAUUAAUAUUCAGUCGCUUUUUUUUACACAAAUCUCUGAAGAUGAGGGCGGAUCUAUGAUCUUCCUGUUGAAAUCAGAAAAGAGAUUCCCAGAAGAGAGUCCAACUCCAUUAAUUUUAACUAUUUGCACAUCAGCAACAUAUGCAAUCUUUGUGACUUGUACGGUGAAUGAUUCUUUGCUUUCUAAUGUGAGCAUUUCAAAUAGUGAAAUGCUUCAUGUUCUGGAAAUCUCUGUUAAUUAGUUAAUAGUUAUUAGUUAAUAGGAGCGUUUCACACUGUGGGUGUAAUGUAGUAGAAAAGAGCUCCAUCCCCUUCCAAUUUGCCUUGCAACUCCAUGCACUGUGUUGCAUGCACUGUUUUCUUGCAUUUCAAGUAAAUACAGAGUCAGAGUUGUGUAUCAUUUUAGCUUUCUCCAACACAGCACAAAAGUACCUGCAUUUAACUGCAGCAAGAAUUUGUUAUUUCUUCCCUUCCCAGACAAUAAGAACAUGGCAUCCAACACGUCUUGACCUACUGGAAGAAAUAAGUUCAAAGAAAAGAAAAAAAAUAAUAAAACAGAAAAUGGAAGAUAAGUACAUAUCAGAAAUUUGCAAGAAAUUCUUUUCAGCCCCAAUGACUGGACACAUAAGAUGUGAUUGUUUGAAAUGUUAGACUAUUACUCCACACAAGAUUUGCUCUUUUAACCUAACUCAAUAGAAUAAGAUAAUACAAGACAUUUUCUAUGAGAAAGCUUGCUGAUUUCCUCUUCGUACUCUCAUCUGCAAUUAGUUUCUUGAGGGAAGCUGCAUUCUUGUACUGUCUAUUCCCUUUUCUCUGUUCAUUUGCCUUUUUUUUAAAUACUGAAAAAAUACCACUUAAAAAUAGUGGUCACCCCAGCAUCUGUGGUUGCUUUUUACUUCCUCUUCACAGUUUUUGAAAGCCGAAAAAUUGAGUCUCGUUUCUAUUAUUCUUUAAUUUUUAAUGAGAUUUUUCUGCAUCAUACACAUAGUUGAUUCAGACUAGGCCUAUGUCAUCAGUUGUUUUUAGUGAGAUUUUCUUUGCUUCUGGCUUCUACUGAUGGGGGGAAGAGACCGUCCAUUUAUCUGAAAGCAUGUUAAAAUGUAUUCUUUUUAAUAUCUGUAAUGAUUUUAUCACUGGGAGAGAAGAGGCUCAGCUCAUUUCCUUUAUUAUUAAAAAUGUUUCAAGGCUUUUUUUUUUUUUUUUUAAUGGAAAACAAGCUCUAUUAAAAGCUAAAUGUUUGUCUUCUCAGAAGAAGCCAUCAACUGAUGAAAAUCUAUGGAACGUACGCUGUGAAAAACUUUCCAUCCUGGUUGUCCCUACAUGUACCCAUCAUGAAGACAAGCGCCGUGCAGAGCAAACACACCUUCUGGCUUUUCCCUUGGAUGUUUAAAAGCAUGUCCACAAAAGCUUUGUCCAAAGAGCUGGAAACAUCCCAAAGGAGCCUUCAUGCUGCUGGUGUAGAGGUUCUUUUGCCUCACUUGUCUGUUCAAG